UCAACAUCGUCGUUCGGCCCAUUCGAGGCCCACAGAGUCUAGCAUAGCUCGCCGCCCCCAAGUGCGGCGACGGAGCAGAGUGAGGAGGAGGAAGAGCAGGAGGCUAGGGUUUAAGGUGCACGGCGAUGGCGUCGGCGGCGAAGACUCUGGCGCGGGCUGGAUCAUCCCUCUUCGGCCGCAUCCUCCCGUCUCCGUCCCCUUCCCCUUCCAUACUCCGCGCCGGGCUGCCGGCGCUCGCCAGGCUGCAGCCGCACGUCCCGCCGCCGGCACCGGCGGGGGUGGACGCUUACGAGGCGGAGACUGUCGCCAGGCUGAGCUCGCUCCCCGGCGAGAUCUCCUUCCCCUGCGGCCUCCCGUCGCUCCGCUUCUUCAUCGACGACGUUGAGGAUCCUGUUGCUAAUGAUCCCCUUCAGUUGCUUCCGAAACGAACUUACCAGCCCAGUACCAUCAAGCGGAAAAGAACCCAUGGAUUUCUUACACGUAAAUCGACCAAGGGUGGGCGCAAGGUGAUUGCCCGGAGAAUCGCCAAAGGCAGGCACAGAAUUUCAGUUUAGCAGCCCUGGAUGUUUUCAGUACCCCCAGAUUCGUAUUGUGUUCGUUGUGUGAACACCUAGUAGCUUUUAUUUUAUGCUUUACCAUCCUGCUCAAGGUGACUGUAUGGAUUUUGAUUGUGAAACAAACUCUUGUGUGAAAUAAACAUGUCAAAAGGAACUGGGAAUUUUUUUUGCGGCGAAUGAGUUCAGUUUGAGCAGCUGCGUGCUGUGGUUGCUGCAUUUGUUCAUUUGUAACUGUAAUCACCACGUAUAUGCAUGAUACGCUUGAGUGU